AUGUUGUCAAAGCCACGAGUUCGAACCAAUUCUACUAAUAAUCUGUCAAAGAAAACUGGUGUCGGCGGUGGGAGAGCGAGCGAAGGAAACGUCUAUGGAGAACGGAGCGAGGAUGCGCGGCGGCGAAGGCGAGUGACGGCGAAUCGGGGAUUUUGGGACAAAGCGAGAGAACUGGUAUUGGCGGAAGGCGGAGCGAAGGAAACCACUAUGGAGAACGGAGCGAGGAUGAGCGGCGGAGACCGAGCGAGUGACGGCGGCGAGCGACGGCGAGAUUUAGGGUUCGAUCGAAUUUCUCCGGCGUAG